AUGGGGAUGGCUACAGAAGAUUCUCAAUUUCAUGUUUUAGCUGUUGAUGAUAGCUUGAUUGAUAGGAAGCUGAUUGAGAAGCUGCUAAAGAACUCAUCUUUUCAAGUUACUACAGUUGAUUCAGGUAGCAAAGCAUUGGAAUUUCUUGGGUGGAAUGGAGAUGAAAGGAGCAACUCUAGUCAAACCUCUGUCUCUCCAAAAACCCAUCAUCAGGAAGUGGAAGUCAACCUUGUAAUAACAGAUUACUGUAUGCCUGGUAUGACAGGCUAUGAUUUGCUCAAGAAAAUGAAGGAAUCUUCAUCUCUGAAAAAUAUUCCUGUGGUUAUUGUGUCCUCUGAGAAUGUGCCAUCAAGGAUCACCAGGUAA